AUGCUGCAGGUGGAAGUCGUUGAUGACGAAGAAGACCGGAUUCCAGAAGGUGAUGCGGAAACUAGCAGAUCUCUUAAGCAGGACGAAAAACCAGUCACAUUUUAUAAAUUUGGACCAAAGAAAACGCAAUCUAUUGCAAUUGAUGUUUCUCUUAAUAAAAUUAACAAAUGUAUCAAGGUCGCAUAUAAUAAGAUGACGACUCCUAAAUGGAAAGACUUUAAAGGCCUACGUUUGCACUGGAAGCAGCGUAUCCGUUUAAAUAAUGUUAUUUGGAGAGCAUAUUAUAUGGAGUUUAGGCGUCCAACUAAGAAUAAGUCUAAGAAAACUCCAUAUUGCUACUUUGCUGUUCCAGACGAUGACACGACUCAUGUUCACGUUUCGGGAACUGUGAUGGAGGGCAUGUACUGGAAGCGGAGAAUGGAAGCUGUAUGUGCACAGUAUAAGAGGUGGCGACAUUUUUCUAAAAGCCGUUGUAAAAGAGGGCGAAAAAGAGGCAAUAGUGCUUGUUGCGAUGGAGUGAUGUUUAAAAAGAUGCCUCCAAAAAGCCAAACUCCAAAGAACACUUCAAGCGAUAGCUUUGGGCCGGAGGACUUAAAUGAUGAAUUUAAAGACGCCUUAUUUGAAAGCCUUCUGCAGCCAUAUAUGUUUCCUAACCCGAAAGAAAUGAGUAAUAAAAAUUGUCACUUUUUUUAUUUCUUUAGAAGCCGAAAUUCUAAUUAUUUAUUUUGUAGUAAAAUUUUGUUUAUAGCAGGUUGUAAUGCUGAUGUUAUGCAACCGGGUCUUUUAUCGCUGCAACCAAGUAUAGAAGAAAUCAUGUCAUCUCUUAACGACACUUCUGAUCCACCAAGGAGUGAUUCUGAGCAAGUAGCUCCGGCGUCAGUAUCUUCUUCUUAUUCCUCGAAGGAGUACGACACCGCCCACAUGCUAGUCGAUUAUGGAAAUCAGACUCAGCCGACAAGGCAACCCUCGUCUAUUUCUUCCCAGAUGUUAAUGGCAAAUUCCUUCACUCCUACAUACUCUCAGGCCGCUUGUGAGGGGAUCCCAUCAAUGCCACCAUACGCUGAUAAUUCGAAUUUGGAUUAUGUGCCACAAUUCCUUGCAUCUUCUGGGUUGCAAUCAACGUCUUCGACUGUGUUGCCUAAUAGGCCCUGGUUAAUGUUAGCACAGUCCCAUCCGUUUUUAGGAAGCCCAUCUACUCCAUCUCCGUUGAUGCAAAGUCCCUCUGGAUUAUCUCCGUUGUCUGUAAAUUGUCAUACUUCUGUUUCUCCGUUAAUCAUUAAUCCUCCUUCGAACGAAGCUGUGUUGUCUAAUACACCUUCUAAGGGUGCGCUUAAAGCUUAUCCUAGUCCUAAUCCGCAACAGAAAAACAGUAGUAGGUGGAUGUUAUCUUCGCCUAUCACACCAAGCAGUAUGUUGCAAAACAACUCUGUAAAUGUAAAUAACAUUAUGCCUGGUUCCUCAGUAAACAUGGAGUCUGGAGUCCCUUUACCUGACACAAAACCAUGGAAGGUUCGCUCACCAGCGUCUCCGAACGUCGCUGCGUCAUUGCCAAUUCCUCAACCUGUGUAUCCACUACUUACCGGUUCGUUGGCAAGUACAUCUCGAUCAUUAGAGUCUCCACCAACAGUCCCGUCUGCUGCUCCUGUGCAGUCAGCUUUGCCGCCGCUUACACCAGUUCCUUCACAUACUUCGUUGGUUCCUCCUCACCCAUCUUCAGUUCUAAUAAAAGAGGAGGAAGAGGAAAAAGAACGUUCACAGCGGGUUUUAUUAAAGCGGUUCAGGUCUGUCGCUCCAGAUAGUACUAUCGAACCCGUAGAAAGGAAGAGGAUUUUGCACUUGAAUGCUGAACAAAACAGGCGGUCUGCUUUAAAAGAUGGCUUUGAACAAUUACUGAACCUUUUACCGAACGUUUAUGCUGGUGGGACUAAGCCGACGAACGCUGUUGUACUUGCUCGGGCGGCAGAAAGAAUACGAGAGCUGAACAAUACUUUAUCAGAAAACAAUAAAAAAGCUGAGGAGUAUAAACAAUACAUGCAGCGAUUGAAAGAUAAAAUUGCGUCUCUUCAAGCUUCGCUACCAUCAUCUUCACGCUCUGCAGCAACUAUGAUUAGCCAGAAGGCUCUGGUUGAGCAGUUCGUUGAACGAUAUAUAAAAGAACGCUCGCGUCAGGAUUACCGUUUUUGGCUGAUGGCAAAAAUGAUGCGCCCUUUGAUUGAUUCGUUUUGUGGCCAAAUAUGCGAGGAAGUUCAAAGUCGUGAUACAGUUAUCAGAUUAGCCAGUGACUGGUUGCAUACUCACUUCCAGCCAACUGCUGUGAGACCGUUGGCACCAUCUGUGCUUAUAUACCUCGCUUCGAGUACUUCGUUCAUUCAUGAACCUUCUAGUUUACAAAAGCAUGUACAGGAGGAAAUUAGCAAACAGUAG